AUGAACGCUAGUGGCCCUGGAUAUCCAUUAGCUUCUUUGUAUGUGGGAGAUCUUCACCCAGAUGUGACUGAAGCCAUGCUGUAUGAGAAGUUCUCACCUGCUGGACCGAUCAUGUCUAUCAGAGUUUGUCGGGAUGUUGCCACACGUCGAUCGCUCGGUUAUGCCUACAUAAAUUUUCAGCAGCCCGCUGAUGCUGAGAGGGCUUUGGACACCAUGAAUUUUGAAGUGAUCAAAGGUCGGCCCAUUCGAAUCAUGUGGUCCCAGCGAGACCCUGGCCUCAGGAAAUCAGGGGUUGGGAAUGUCUUUAUCAAGAAUCUGGAUGACUCCAUUGACAACAAAGCCUUGUACGAUACGUUCUCAGCCUUUGGGAAUAUCCUUUCUUGCAAGGUGGUUUGUGAUGAGAACGGAUCCCGCGGUUAUGGCUUCGUUCACUUUGAGACUCAUGAGGCGGCGAAUCGGGCCAUUGACACCAUGAACGGGAUGUUGCUCAAUGACCGCAAGGUCUUUGUCGGCCAUUUUAAAUCCCGCAGAGAGCGGGAGGCAGAAUUUGGGGCACGGGCGAUGGAAUUCACCAAUGUCUUUAUCAAGAACUUUGGGGAUGAUAUGGAUGAUGACCGACUGCGGGAAAUAUUCUCCAAGUUUGGGAAGACGCUGAGUGUCAGAGUUAUGAUGGACGACACUGGUCGCUCGAAAGGGUUUGGGUUUGUCAACUUUGAGAAGCACGAAGAAGCCCAGAAGGCUGUGGCAGACAUGAACGGGAAGCAGAUCAAUGGCCGGAUGGUGUACGUUGGCCGAGCUCAGAAGAGGAUGGAGCGUCAGAGCGAACUGAAGCGUAAAUUUGAACAGAUCAAACAGGAAAGAGUGAGCAGAUACCAGGGGGUGAAUUUGUAUGUGAAGAACCUGGAUGAUGGUAUUGAUGAUGAGCGGCUGAGGAAGGAGUUCUCUCCAUAUGGUACCAUUACUAGUGCAAAGGUGAUGACAGAGGGUGGACACAGCAAAGGGUUUGGGUUUGUAUGUUUUUCCUCCCCAGAAGAGGCUACCAAGGCCGUGACGGAAAUGAAUGGACGGAUCGUCAGCACCAAGCCUUUGUACGUUGCCCUCGCUCAAAGAAAGGAGGAAAGAAAAGCGAUUCUCACUAACCAGUAUAUGCAGAGACUGGCCACCAUGAGGGCCCUGCCUGGCCCUCUCCUUGGCUCCUUCCAGGCACCCACGGGGUACUUCUUGCCUGCCAUCCCACAGCCACAAACCAGAGCUACUUUCUACAGUCCUAGCCCAGUUGCCCCAGUCCGUCCUGCCCCUCGGUGGAGCGCGCAGCCCUCCAGGCCUCCCUCCGCCUACCACACGGCUACCCCAAUCCUGAGGGCUGCAGCUCCACCCAGGCGCCUGCUAUCCAACAUCAGCACCAUGAGACAGGCAUCUACCCAGGUGCCCCGAGUGCCACCGCAUGCCCAGAGAGUGGCCAACAUAGGGACCCAGACGCUUGGUGCCCGUGCACCCACCUCACCAUCCCUGCUGCGGGGCGUGCCACAGUAUAAGUACUCCUCAGCAGUGAGGAACAUCCAGCCGAUGGGAAGCGUGGCACCUAUGCUGGUACAACAGGCUGGAGAACCUGCUGUUCAUAUUCAUGGGCAGGAGCCUCUGACUGCAUCCAUGCUCGCUGCAGCUCCUCCUCAGGAACAGAAGCAAAUGCUAGGUGAACGCCUUUACCCCCUAAUCCAUGCCAUGCAUGCCUCCUUGGCUGGGAAGAUCACAGGAAUGCUGCUGGAGAUUGAUAACUCGGAGCUGCUGCUUAUGCUGGAAUCGCCAGAAUCCCUCCACUCCAAGAUCGAGGAAGCGGUUGCAGUGCUCCAAGCACACCAGGCUACCGAAUCAUCGCUUAACAGCAGUGCUGCAACAUUCCUCCUAUGA